AUGAUAAAUCACCGGAUUGGCUGUUGUAAACCCUUGAAGAAGUUUUCGCAACAAAUUCCCUCGUUGUGUCGCUUAAGACAGAUGAGGAGCUAUGCAACAGGAGACAAUGUGUCAAUUGGGCCAAGCAGAAUUGAGUUCUCAGCCAAAAGAUCCUCAAACGACAAUUUCAAGUUUGAAUUUGCAUUCUCCUGUUAUGCUUACCAUUCGCCUUCCGAAAUACCAAUGAUCUCCUCCCUGGCUGAUCUCAGCGGUGGGGGUAAUGUGGCAGCACUCAUGCCAUUGAGAAGGGCUCCGGGAUCUCCACUAGAUACGCUGUCCGUGCGAAGUGGCGAUGAUGCUAUGAUAUGUUCUUCCAGUCUUCUCGGGGUUGCAGAUGGGGUCUCAGACUGGAAGGAGAAUGCGGAUGCUGGUCUAUGGGCUAGGUCUCUACUGGAAACUAUGAGCAGAGGUCUUGCCAGGCACAAGGUGGAAUCCAGUCCCUAUUCCCCGACUCUGAAGGAUGUUCAGGAGAUUCUGGAUAGUUCCUUUUUUCACACGUCGGACCUGAUGGACGUGGAAGGGCUGAGCGGGUCCUCGACUGCUCUUAUAUGUACUAUUCUGGGGUCUCAGUUGGCCGUGAUCAGCAUAGGGGAUAGUAAGGUGUUUGUGAUCCGGGAUGGUGAUGUCGUUGAGACUAACGAAAUCCAAAUGCUUUCAGCACUAUGUCCCCAACAGCUGGGUACCAACAACAUCAACGUGAUACCGUCUCAAAUUGCCUGGUAUGACUCCUUCGAAUUGGAGGAGGAUGACAUCAUAGUGAUGUCUUCUGACGGAUUGACAGAUAACCUCUGGCCUGACGAGAUACUCGUCUAUGUUGAUAAGACCAUCUUCAGGGAGAAGAAGUCGCUCAAAGAGUUGGCUAAUCUACUAGUCUAUAAGGCAAAGACUGUGGCAUACGAUAACUUUGCUGUUAGUCCAUAUGUGGAGAUAGUGAACAAACUGCCCUCCAAAAGUUCUGGUGCUGGGUUCAUUAUGGGUGGUAAAACGGAUGAUAUUUCCGUAUGUGUUGCUAGGGUUGUUAAGAAUGACUAA